AGUUGAAUAUUCCUAGUAGCAGUGAUCGCGCGGUAGCUGUGAAAGUCAUUGGUCGUGUCCGAUUGGCCGACCUGCGAAAGUGUACAAGAUCGUCUACUUACAGCGUGUGAUCCGGACGUUGGUUUCAGCUUCGGCACAGUACCCCGGACACGAACCAAGCGCGCGCGAGUAUGGACUGGACGACGGUUCAGCUGCUGCCGAUUUCAGGCGGUCAAGUGCGAAUCCUGCUGACCGAAGGCGUGGAUUUGAGCGCGCAAUCCGUUAGCCACAAGGUGACAGUUCUGGACGCUGACUGCGAUCCCGGUGCGCUUGAGCGCCGCCACCGCGGGACGCUGAGAUGCGCGUGUCCGCGGGAAUUCGACAGCGUGCGCGAGUUCGAGAGUCACUACGCUAGCCGCCACCGUCUCACGUGCGCGCAGUGCCGUGUCGCACUGCCGACGGAGUACUUGCUUGAACUGCACAUCGCCGAGUCACAUGACCCUAUCUUCAUGGCACGUCCUUCGUCGACUAGCCAUCCCAAGUAUGAAUGCGUGGUCGAAGGCUGCACAGAGCGCUUCGCAAGUUGGGCCGACCGCAAACGGCACACGGUAGAUACGCACAGGUACCCAGCUGGCUUUGCCUACUUCCCACGUGCACCACUAACCAACAAGCAUCAAGCCAGGCCAAGCCAGCACAGGGGCGUGCCAACGCGAAUUUGCUUUGGCCGAGGCUCCCUAGUUGCGUGGCACCAGCAGCAACCACCGUCCACUUCUCAAACACCACCAGACAUUGACAUGAAGGCUGUGGCAGAGGCACUGCUGGACACUUAGUGCUUUGUCAGAGACGCUCCUUAGAAGUGCUGCCACCCUUCUAACACAACUUGGCACAUGGAUAUUAACGUCUGUGUAUAUGUGUUUUAGUAGGAAAAAGAGCUCUUAUGAUUGUGCCUACAUCAUCAUUAAGGCAGAAACGCUGGCAAUUAUCCUGGCGUCUUUAUAUAGAUUACAUUACCAGUAAGGCCUCCAGAGCGUUGGGUUUUUUUUCGCAGAAAUGCCAAGAACUUGCUGCUUGCCGCUAAAGAGCUCUUGUAUAAAACAUUAGGCCAGUACUUGAAUAUGCUUGUUGUGUUUCAGACCCUUGGCUGCAGGUAGACAUUCAUAAGGUAGAAAGGAUCCAGAAUUUGGCUGUGAGAUUUGUUCACACCAAUUAUUCCCGCAAUUUUAGUGUUUCCAGUGCAAAGGAUAACCUUGGAUAGGAACCACUUCAGCAGCAAAGAAAAUUCCUUAGACUAAAAUUUCUGCACAGCAUAUUGCAUAAUAAGAUGGGUAUUAAUCGGGAGCAUUAUCUGUGCAAUCCCGACUACUUAUCACCGCGUCUUGAUCACGCCAAUAAAAUCAAAGAGAUAAGAUGCAAAAUGAACUUCAGGGUGUCUUUUUCCCCAAAACAUUUCACAAAUAAAAUUAACUGCCGCAUGAUAUUGCCAUCAUUACCUCCCCUGAUGUAUUUUCUUCCUCUUUACGGAAUGCG